AUGGAUACCGAAGGAUCAGAACUAACGGAACACAUCGCGCAGAUUGAAAACGAGAUCAAUUGGAAGGCAACAGAACGAAGGGCCCCAUACGGUGACAACACAAGGAAGCGGAAGAUUAGGGAGGCCAUUGACAUCCUUGGGGAUAAAAACUUAAUGAACAGGAGAUUUGAAGAAGGUAUGGAUAGCGAUAACUUUGCUUACUGCUUAAGCAAGACCAGCAAGAUGGAGACGGCUGAAUGA